CUGGUCACUGGUAGGAAUCUUAAUGUAGUUCAUAUUCAAAACCCACUUGACAAUCAAAUCCCACAUUCUACGUUUCCAAAUUACACAGCUUGCGAAGAGACUUUUAUCAUUUAUGUCGUUUGUGAGCUUAUAGAGCUAGCUUGUCUGGUUAUUGAAGAAUAAAGACAUAUUCUUGAUCUGAAAGUACGAUGCUCAUCAUCAUGUUCUUCUGCAAGAAGUGUCCUCGUCUCCUUCUUUUCUGUCUGAUCACCCUGUCGAUCAGUUGCUUUAGAUCAGUGACGUGCGCGCAGCUACCUGCCAAAGAAUUGGAGGCUCUGCAACAAAUUGUGACAAAAAUGGGCGCCAAAUGGUUGAAUUCAAGUGCGGACCCUUGUACGGAUGAGAAACUCCCCAUUCCACCACAUGUGGCGUCAGUUGAGGACAAGAACAACACCGUCUUCUGCAACUGCUUUUUCGAUAAUCAAACCACCUGUCAUAUCACCACCAUAUUCCUCAAGAGUUACAGUCUUAACGGCACACUCCCACCAGAAUUGGUUCAGCUUCCCUAUCUCCAAAAGCUCGAUCUUACUCGGAAUUGCCUUCAAGGCAAACUUCCAAUAGAAUGGGCUUCAAUGACGUCUUUGAAUUUUAUCUCACUCACUGCCAACAACUUAUCUGGGGAAAUCCCUGUGGAAUGGGGAAGUUUUACCAAUCUCACUUACUUGAGCUUUGAGGCCAACCGGUUGUCUGGAAAUAUUCCUCAGGAGCUUGGGAAUUUGGCCAACUUAACAGUGCUGAUACUUUCCUCCAACAAGUUUGUUGGAAAUUUGACAGAAAGCCUUGCCGGGUUGAAAAAUUUACAGGAUUUUAGGAUAAGUGAUAAUAACUUUACUGGAAGCAUACCUCACUUUGUUGAGAGCUGGACUCAACUUCAAAGGCUACAAACAUAUGCAAGUGGACUGGAAGGACCCAUCCCAGAUGGCAUCUUUCGUUUGGAAAAAUUGACUGACCUGAGGAUCACAGAUAUGAAUGGGACAAGUUUCACACUUCCUCAGAGUUUGGGUAACCAGAACGACAUGAGAUACCUGGUUUUGAGAAACCUGAACAUGUCUGGAACAAUCCCAGAUUUUAUUUGGCAAAUGGACAACCUGCUGACUCUCGACUUUACCUUUAACAAGUUGGAAGGAGAAAUACCAGGCACUGCAAGAAUACCAAAAUUCACCCUUUUGACUGGCAACAGGCUAUCUGGAAAUCUAUCAAAUUCGAUCUUGGGUACAAUCUCGGUUUCAGAUAAAAGUCUUGAUCUUUCUUAUAAUAAUUUUACUUGGCCGGUUGAUUGCCAAGAAAUUCAAAAUAUAAAUCGCUACCAAAGCUCAUCUCAGAAGUACAACUUAAGUGGACUUCUUCCAUGCUCAACUAGAUCCAGAUGCACAAAACCUAGAGAUUCAUUGCAUAUAAACUGCGGUGGAGCUAAUGAAAUUAUUAAAAAUAACUUUGGGAGCAUCAAGUAUGAAGGAGAUAUAGAUGGUGGAGGAAGUGCAUCAAGAAAUUUUAUCAGUACAAAUUGGGGAUUUAGCAGCACAGGAGACUUCAUGGAUGAUGAUAGUGAUGAUGGAGAAAAAUAUAUUGAAUCAAAUUCCUCUGUCCUCUCAAUGAAUCACUCAGUGUUGUACAUGACAGCACGUAAAGCUCCCCUUUCCCUCACCUAUUUUGGAUUUUGUCUGAAAAAUGGAGAUUACAAUGUACGCCUCCACUUUGCGGAGAUAGAAUUUAAAGAUGAGGAAGCAUAUAGCAAGCUUGGAAGACGCAUAUUUAAUAUCUAUAUUCAGGGCAAGUUGGUGUGGGAGGAUUUCAAUAUCAUGGAGGAAGCAAAUGGAAUUGGUAAAGAAGUCAUUAAACAAAGUAAUGUGACUGUGACGAACAAUACCCUAGAGAUCCGCUUGUAUUGGGCUGGGAAAGGGACAACAUGUAUCCCUAAGAGAGGAAGAUAUGGUCCUCUAAUAUCUGCUAUUUCUAUAUGUCCCAGUUCAAGAUCUCAUUGUGGAGAACUUGGAAAGGGGAGCAAAAAAGUCACAAUUGUUGGAGUUGCCACUUCUGUAUCAUGCCUUAUUCUCUUCGUACUAGGUGUUCUUUGUUGGAAGUACUAUUUUGGGGGCAAAAACAUGAUGGAAAAAGAACUUAGAGGGCUAGAUCUGCAAACCGGUUCCUUCACUUUGAGACAAAUAAAAGCUGCAACCAACAACUUCGAUUAUGCGAACAAGAUUGGAGAAGGGGGUUUUGGAUCCGUAUACAAGGGUCAACUAUCAGAUGGCACUGUUAUUGCUGUGAAGCAGCUCUCUUCUAAAUCAAGGCAAGGGAACCGUGAAUUUGUGAAUGAGAUAGGCAUCAUUUCAUGUUUGCAUCACCCCAAUCUCGUAAAGCUUUAUGGGUGUUGUAUUGAAGGAAAUCAAUUGCUGCUUGUCUAUGAGUACAUGGAAAAUAAUUCUCUUGCACGUGCUCUUUUUGAAAGAAGUGUUUUGAAAUUGGAUUGGGCUACGAGGUACAAGAUAUGUGUUGGGAUAGCCAAGGGUCUCACAUUUCUCCAUGAAGAAUCAAGAAUCAUGAUAGUUCAUAGGGACAUCAAAGCUACAAAUGUACUCCUUGAUGAGAAUCUAAAUGCUAAAAUAUCAGAUUUUGGAUUAGCUAAGCUCAAUGAAGGGGAGAACACCCACAUUAGCACCCGAAUUGCUGGAACCAUUGGAUAUAUGGCUCCAGAGUACGCACUAUGGGGUUAUCUGACAGACAAAGCGGAUGUUUACAGCUUUGGGGUGGUCACACUAGAAAUUGUUAGUGGGAAGAACAACUCAAAUUACACGCCAGACACCACAUGCACUUGCCUUCUUGAUUGGGCUUUUGUUUUGAAACAAAAGGGAAGCUUGAUGGAAUUGGUAGAUCCAAACUUGGGAACUGAAUUUAAUAAGAAAGAGGCAGAAACAAUGAUUAAAGUAGCUCUCCUAUGUACCAAUGCAUCUUCUAAACUUAGGCCUACCAUGUCAGCAGUGCUAAGAAUGCUUGAAGGACAAGAUAUUAUUCCAGAAGUGAUCUCAGAUCCUAGCAUCUAUGGCAAAGAUAUGAGAAUUAGUCCCCUCAGAGACCACUAUCAACACAUGGAAAUGCAGAGUUCUAGUGGAAGCCUGGCCCCAAAUUUUUCAUUAGAUGGAGCACAGGUUGGUUCAUCCUCUUCUGCUUAAUUUUGAUUCCAAUCAUUUUGGUGAGACUUCUUUGGUAUUCCAUUUGAGUUCUUGAGUUCUCCAUUCAAUUAAUUUGAUGUUGGGAGUUUCAUUUGAUUGAACAUACUGAACUAUUGGCUCAACACUUAGAUCACGUCAAGUGGGAACUCCUCCUGUAGCCCCAUAUUUAUGUAUAGUACUGAAGAAACCACUGCAUGAGUGUAUAAAUAUGAAUCAAACUUGUUUAGCCUAGCAA